CCCAAUAACCUUAAAUUUUUGUUUUCGUUUCUGUUCCUUAAUCUCAAAACAUUUAAAAUUUGGCAACCAAAAUAAUUUUUUGAAUCUUUAAUAUUCCAGUGGUUACAUAUAAAGAAUUUAUUUCUUAAAUUUCUUAUGGCUGAUAUUGUGUCUAGUACUUCACAUACCUCUCCCAUUCUCUCUCUCAAUAAAGUUUCUAAUUUAGAAUGCAAGAAUCUUUAUGAUUACUUAAGAACUAGACCACCUAAUGUAUUAGAGAAGCUUUAUAAUCACCCAACAAUAUGUCUAGCUGUGUACAGAGAAUUACCAGAAUUAGCAAGACAAUAUGUGAUCCGUAUACUUUUUGUGGAACAACCUGUUCCACAAGCUGUUGUGGCUUCUUGGGGUUCAACUGCUUAUUUGAAAGAGCAUAAUCUUGUUAGCAAAAUACUCACUGAACUGUCAGUUUGGCAAGAAGCUACUAUACCUGGUGGUCUCCUUGGCUGGAUUUUAUCGCCAACCUUCAAAAAAAAUUUAAAAAUAACUCUAUUGGGAGGAGGUAAGCCUUGGAGUAUGUCAUCUGCUCUAGAUACAGAUAGUAAGGCUCGAGAUGUAGCCUUUUUAGACUCGUAUUCUAUAGAAAGAUGGGAAUGUGUGUUACACUAUAUGGUGGGGUCCCAACAGCAAGAAGGUAUAUCUGCUGAUGCUGUGAGGAUACUAUUGCAUGCUCAACUUAUGAAACGAGAUGAAGAAGAUGGUAGUCCGGUGAUUACAAAGCAAGGAUUUCAAUUUUUAUUACUAGAUAGACAUGCUCAAGUUUGGCAUUUUAUCCUUCAAUACUUGGAUACAGUUGAAGAAAGGGGGUUAGAUUUGGUUGAAUGUUUGACAUUUUUAUUCCAAUUGAGUUUUAGCACUCUGGGAAAGGAUUAUAGCACGGAGGGCAUGAGUUCAAAACUUCUUGUGUUUUUACAACAUCUGCGAGAAUUUGGAUUAGUUUACCAAAGAAAAAGGAAGGCAGGAAGAUUCUAUCCUACAAGAUUAGCUAUUAACAUAACGAGUAGUGUUACCAACAAAAGUAUACCAGUUCUUGAGGAUGAUACUCGUAGGGGAUACAUAAUUGUAGAAACAAAUUACAGAGUUUAUGCUUACACAAACUCAAAUCUACAAGUAGCACUCAUAAGUUUAUUUACUGAGCUGAUGUAUAGAUUUCCUAAUUUGGUUGUAGGGGUUAUAACAAGAGAAUCUGUAAGGCAAGCUUUAAGAGGAGGUAUUACAGCCGAUCAAAUUAUUAGUUACUUAAAACAGCAUUCUCAUGAAAAGAUGUUGCAAGAUAACCAAAACCCACUCCCUCCUACUGUAGUAGAUCAGAUAAAAUUGUGGGAAUUGGAGAGAAACAGGUUAACUUACCAAGAAGGAGUACUGUACAGUCAAUUUUUAUCACAAGCCGAUUUUAAUGUAUUGAAGGAGUACGCUCAAACUAAUGGGUACCUGAUAUGGAGUCACAAGGAGAAAAGAACCUUGGUUAUAGAUAAAAAUUCACAUGAUGAUGUGAAAAAAUUCUGGAAAAGAUAUUCCAAAGGAAGUUGAAAAACCUACUAUAAUUAUUUGUUGUAAAAAUAUAAGUACUUUUAUAUUGUAUUUAAGAAUUUUUUAUUAAAUAUGUGAGAAUUAAAAAAAUGAAUGAUGGCUAGAGAUUUGGAAA